GAGCAGUUAAAGGAAAUAAAAUACUCGGCUCAUAACAUGGACGGAGUUAUUGCACUGACGGAGGAAGAACAAUCUGCAAGUGAAGACGAUCAUCAGAGCAUCAGGAAGAGCUGAAAUCUGCAAAGACUGAGUUUAUUAAAGAGGACAGUAAGAACAUGAGUGAUCCAGAACCCUGCAGAAUGAAACACACUGAAGAUCCUGAAGAACAAAGAGACCCGAUGGAGGAGAGCGAGGAGAGAGAAGAACUGAGUGAAGUGGAGGAAGAAGGAAAACCCUCUAGUUGCUCAAAGACUAAAAAUACAUUUUUGAAGAAAAGAAGAGCAAAAAAAUCUUUCACCUGCACUCAGUGUAGAAAGAGUUUCACAAACAAACAUAGUUUUGAGAUUUACAUGAGGAUCCACACUGGAGAAAAACCUUACAAGUGUUCACACUGUGACAAUAGAUUCAAUCAGUCAGCAGAAGUGACAACACAAGAGAGGAUCCACACUGGAGAAAAACCUUACAAGUGUUCACACUGUGACAAAAGAUUCAAUCAGUCAAUACAUCUGAAAGCACAUGAGAGGAUCCACACUGGAGAAAAACCUUACAAGUGUUCACACUGUGACAAAAGAUUCAAUCAGUCAUCAUAUCUGAAAACACAUGAGAAGAUCCACACUGGAGAAAAACCUUACAAGUGUUCACACUGCGACAAGAGAUUCAAUCAGUCAUCAUAUCUGAAAACACAUGAGAAGAUCCACACUGGAGAAAAACCUUACAAGUGUUCACACUGUGACAAGAGAUUCAGUCGAUUAGGAAGUCUUAAAACACAUGAGAAGAUCCACACUGGAGAAAAACCUUACAAGUGUUCACACUGUGACAAGAGAUUCAGUCAGUCAGCAACUCUGAAAAUACAUGAGAGGAUCCACACUGGAGAAAAACCUUACAAGUGUUCACACUGUGACAAGAGAUUCAGUCAGUCAGCAACUCUGAAAACACAUGAGAUGAUCCACACUGGAGAAAAACCUUACAAGUGUUCACACUGUGACAAGGUAUUUAGUCGAUCAACACAUCUGAAAACACAUGAGAAGAUCCACAGCAGAGAGAAGCCGCACACGUGUGAUCAGUGCGGAAAGAGUUUCUCUAUUAAAACUCACCUGAAACAACACAUGAUGAUCCAUUCAGUGGAGAAACCACAUCACAGCAAUCACGACCCGAUGGAGGAGAGCGAGGAGAAAGAAGAACUGAGAGAAGUGAAG